AUGGCGCAGUCCAGGGGUAAGGAGGCGUCUCUGGAGAACGUCGGUACCAUCGACAUCUCUACUGCCACUAUCCGUCGUAUGGAUGAUUCCGCUCCCGCUAUCGCAGGUGUCCUCGGCUAUCCAAACACGCAGAACCUAUUCCGUCUCGUCAGCUCAGACUGCGCCGAGACCCGGGAUAUCAUCCUCAACUUCUACCACGACCGUGAUAACAAAUUCGGCUUCGCCGACUCAGCACAGGUCUCUCCGGGUCACCGCGUUAUCCGCAACUCCUUGGUCCUCCUUGCGGUUCACCAUGUGGGCAAAUACACUAGCGUCCUGCUAUCCCCAUCCCCCCCGGAUCUCUCCACCCCACACGUGGAGCCGACCAAUGUGUUUGACCUUCGCGCACUGUGGCAUAUCCGCCGCCUGCUUCUGUCCCGCUCGCAGGAUCUUGGUCGGCGCAGCCAGCUUCUCAAAGCCCCAUUCUACUUCGACGCCAAGGAGACCCUGAUCUGCUGGAAGCUCCUUACCUACUUCUCCCGGCAAAUCGCCAAGGCAAAGAGUGUCACAGCCUACCUCGCCACCACCCCUCAUAUCCGCCCUGCUGUGCUGCCGGAGCUGACCACGUCCCGGUCCAGCGCCGCCGGUUCUACCGCUAUCCCUACCCACGGUACGUCGGCCCAGUCCCGGGAUGAUUCGCAGGCCCUUCUGGAACUCCUCAAACUCUACCCCACGGACCCCUGUGAUGAUACUGACGAUGAACCGCUCAUUAGCGCGAUGGAGACCGUCCCUUCGGAGCCCGAGUACUGCGACCUGGUGGUGGGACUUACCGCUCAGCUGCUCCAGCCAACCACUGCGCGCCUGAACCGCGCGCCUCUCACGCUGUCUGACGUGCGCGACCUCCACCGCCACCUCUGUGGCUCCGAGUUCUUCACUAGCUCAGUUCUCCACGCUGCUCCCGACGAGGUUCCCCCCAGCCUGCCGAACAACCCACAGCUCCAGACUGCGAUCUCGGCGAGCUCUGCGUUAGUGGCGCUCUCGGUCCCUAACUCUUCUCUCGGCCAUGCUGGUUCCGUCGACGAUAGGCCGAUGCCGAUGGCUGACCCUGCCGCACUUGUGUCCGCCCGGGAUGUGUCCCUUGACCACCUGACGUACCCGUUUGACACCGCUGUCCAGCAUACCCAACUUUCUAUCGACAGCGCAGGGCUACCGGUACUCACCCCGGUCUCCUCAUACCCAGUCUGUCCUACCACUCUCAAGCCCUGGCAGGUUACUGGGGUCUCCUGGAUGCUUCAGCAGGAAGCUAGCCCGCUACGGGGCGGCAUCCUGGCCGACGCCUGUGGCCUGGGAAAGACGCUCACUGCGCUGACGCUCGUCCACCAGGCGGCGCUGGUCCAGUCCCAGCCUCCGUACCGGCCUUCCCUGAUCCUGGUACCUUCCGCCCUGAUUGAUACGUGGCUCCUGGAGAUCGAUCGACACUUUGGCGACGCGCUCACAGUCCGGCUGUUCUACAGCACCAAGUCCCGCACCGGUGACUCUGAGCGGAAGCUCGUCAUGCUUGAGUCGCUGGACGAUUUGAACACGUUCCUCGGCUGCUGCCCGACUGACCAGGUGUCGUCAGCCCGUACUGUGGUCCUGUCGUCGUACAACACGUGGGCCACCCGCACCACCGCGGAGAUUGACGAAGAUGGCAAUCCUGCCAGCCGUCCUCGGAAGGCCGCCCGUAAGGAGACCGACCCAAUGGCGCUGGAUCUUACCGCCGCCGAGGCCGGUAUGGACGAAGACACUUCUGACAUUGACGACAUUGCCACCCUUUCGCUCUCUGGCGACGGAGGCGGCACGGGGGCGAUACCAGCGGGCCCACAAACCCCGCGGGAUGGUAGCGAGCAGCCUGACACCACUGACGCUGACACCACUGUCGCUGACCACACCGACGACACCGCCGACGGCCCAGUCACCCCUCCCCCUGCCGGCAUCGACGCUGCCGUGACGGAACUUGGCGAGCUCCAGGAGCAGGCUGCCAGCCCGUCCGCGCCGAACAAGGCCGCAGCGCACAAGCCCCGCCGGUUCUGCACCAAGGUCACGGCCUCCUUCUGCCGUGUGAUCUGCGACGAGGGCCACCGUCUCAAGACCAUCUCCUCACGCCAGCACCAGUCGGUCGCUCUCCUCGACCGGGAGUAUACCUGGUGUGUGACAGCUACCCCGAUGUGGAACCGGGCCUUGGACUACUGUGGCUAUCUCGCACUGCUGUGGAGAACCGAGUUUAAAAUCCCCGCAGACAGCCCGCAAAAGUUCCCUCCUAGCAUGAAUCCCACCCCGGCUGCCGCAGCAGACCCGCUGGAGCCCUACACCCAGUGGUCGGCGGUAGACCAGCUUCCUGCUGAGGGAAAGCCCUACUUCCUGCUGGAUCCCCGUGGCCUGGUGGUUCUCGCUCGGCGGGGUAAGCUCUCGACGGCGAGUGGGUUCCUGGCCCUCCCGAUUGUCCUCCGCCUCAGCAGCCUGACCCGUGAGACCGGUAACCAGAUGAUUGGACCCCACGGUGCCGUCGUGGUCAUCGGGGAAGACAUCCCACGCCUCCACAUCUCGACCGUUGAGCUUCGCUACACCCGCCACACGCAGGAUAUCCACAACCGCGGGUUCACCAUCCUCUGCGAGAGCCUCUACGGGCCCCCAGGCGACUCCUCCGCCGCCCCGGCUGUGCCUGCGGACAGUCCUGCUAGUAUGAACUGGUCAACCUUCCGUAUGCUCUGUCACCUGUCUGUCUCGCCCAAGCUGGACCGGUUUCUCCGACGGUCCCCGUCCAGCGUUCUCUCCGCUGAGAUCUCUCGCUUCACUGAGCGCGGAGACGACCACGGGUUUGGACUCUUCUGGUCACGAACCACAGAGGAUCCGUCUGCGUCCGUGCCGACGAACCGGGUCGCCAUGGCGCGGUACCUCGCUCACCAGAGCCCCCGCCUGCGUUACCUGUUUCACAUUCUGGUUCAGCAAGGCGUGUUCGACUCGGUGGGCUCACACCCCCGAUUCCUGAUCUUCUGCCACUGGCCCCUGACCCUGUGGCUGGUCCAGAUGUUCCUCGGUACCCUCCCGCUGGAUUUUGUGGUGAUCCGGGCCGCUAUGUCGAACACUCUGCGUUCGAGCGCCAUCGCACGCUUCAAUGACCCCAGCUCGUCUACCCAGGUCCUGGUCACCACCUACAACUGUGGUGCGACCGGUCUGAAUAUGCACUCCCAAUGCAGCCGAAUUAUCCUGAUGGAGUCUGCGCUGAACCACAACUCCCUUUUCCAGACCAUCGGGCGGAUCCACCGCCUCGGCCAGCGCGAGGAGCAGCGUGCGUGGGUACUCUUUAUGGACCACACCAUCCAGCGGUACAUGGAGUUCAACAAUGCGACCAAGGUCCUCCCGCAGAUCGCCGCGCAGUACCGCCCGUUCCUUGAGCGACAGGUCCCUGAGUCUUCCGAGGAUCGCGACGCGACCAUUGAGCAGCUCGCGAACCAGCUGCUGAACCAUAUGCUUGGUCUCGGCCCUGACUGUGCGGACCGGCUGGCCAUGGGCGACUACAAAGACCUUGGGCUGGAAGGCAAGAGCAAGAGUGGCCGGCGGUACUCCCUACGCGGCUCCAUGAAGCGAGCUGCGAGCGACCACGCUUCCCCGGGCCCCGUGAGCCACAAGCGUGUGGCCACUGCCUACCUCGCCUCCCCAUCGUCGUCGCAACCAGCCCAGGGAUCUACUCCUAAGCCGGUAGCCAGGUUUGGCGGAGACGGCGCGGACGACGAGGGUUACGCGACUGCCUAG